AUGGCGGCGAGUAUAACACGUGGUGUCCGCGUUCACGUCAAAGCUACAUAUUUCGAUGAAAAUGAUGGCCAGAACACCUGGAGUCGCAAACAUUUUGGUGAUAGGUUUUCCCCUAGACAGAAACUAUUGAGCGAUAAGGAAUUAUUUUUUUUUGGUAUAUUAUAUGCCAUGACUCUUCAAGAACUGCCAGACCGAAGAUUCUACUGGAAUACGAUCUCCGAUGGAAUAUUUCCCCCCGAAAAUUUUGGACAAAGAUUUGUAAUGAGUCGUCAAAGGUUUGAGAUCAUUCUAGUGGCCCUGCGCUUCACACAACCAUCAGACCUUGAUGAUUCUGACAAAUCGCGUAACACCAGAACACUAGUAAUGAUGGUGAAUGAUAAACUAAAAGAUACCAUCCGUCCUGGUGCAAAAAUAACUGUAGAUGAAUCCAUGUUCGCCUAG